GUAAUCUAAUUAAAAGGUUGUCGGUAGAGUUCUCUCAAGUGUGUGUUUUCGAGUUAUUACUAAUCAAAACAUUCAGCAAUGUUUACUCGGCUAUUCCGUAAACCAAAGAAGAAGGAGACUGAUACUCUCCAAACAUUAGAGAAGCUUAAUGAGGUAUAUAUGUCGGUUCCCUAUUUUUGAUUCUCUUGCGUGAGGAAGAAGAUUCAAUAGUGGUUUGUUUAUUUAUUUCAAUGCUUCUUUUGGUUUGAUUUCUCAAUGUUCUUCCUCAGACUCUUGACAUGCUAGAGAAGAAGGAAAGUUUUCUUCUCAAGAUAUAGAGAGCUGCUCAAGAGGUUGAGAUAGCAAAGGAGUUCACCCGUGCCAAGAACAAACGAGGUAAAGACCAUAAAAUCUCCUUGUGAUUAUUAUUAUGAGAAUAUUCUCUGUGUAGAAAGAUUCCAGAAUGUUCUUAUAAUCUUGCAGCGGCUAUGCUAUGUUUGAAAAGGAAGAGUGUCUAUGAGCAACAAGUCGAACAGCUUGGAAAUUACCAGCUCCGUAUUCAUGAUCAAGUAACCCCUCUUCUUUUUUUAACUUAUGAAAUUUGUUACUACUAUAAGGUAUAUUUUGAAUGUGUUUUUCUUUUGUGGUAAAUAGAUGAUUAUGUUAGAAGGUUCUAAAGCAACAACAGAGACUUUAGAUGCUUUGAGGAGUGGUGCCUCUGCGAUGAAAGCUAUGCAGAAAGCAACGUAUGUGUUUAUAUACCUAGUUUAUGAUUGAAGUGUGGGCAUGUUUUUUAAAACACAUGUGUGUUUUGCAGAAACAUUCACGAUGUUGACAAGACCAUGGAUGAAAUCAAUGAGCAAACCGAUAACAUGCGACAGAUCCAGGACGCUUUGUCUGCUCCAUUUGGAUCUGAUUUCGAUGAGGUUAACUUUCCCUUUAUUCCCACGAUCACAUACUUUUAUCAGAUCUUCUCAACAUUGUCUGUAUGGGAAAAAUUACAGGAUGAAUUGGAAGCAGAACUUGAAGAGCUUGAAAGCGCAGAGCUAGAAGAGGAACUUCUUGAGCCGGUAAGACCUGUUCAAAACCUUCCUGAAGGAAAGCAACCGGCUCGUCCUGCAACUCAGAAGAAACAGACCGCUUAUGAAGAUGAACUUGCUGCAUUACAAGCUGAUAUGGCCCUCUAAAAGGUCUUCAACUUUAAAUGUUAAAAACAAACUAGGGUUUUGUUUACUGCAGUGGAAGCUGGUCCUAAAUCUUAAUAGAUGAGGUUUGUGUGUGCUUUAUUUAAACACGGGAGAGAAAGAAAGUUUUUUAUGUAUAUUCGGAAGCCAAGAAUGUGUUUAUUUAAUAGAUGAGGUUUGUGUGUGCUUUAUUUAAGAUAUUCGCAUCCGGAUUUUACUAUCUGAAUUCGGAUCCGGACACCCCGGAUAUCUUAUUUCGGAGCGGAUUUCGGAUCGGAUCCGUAUCCCGGUUAAUAAUCCCAAGCCUACAACGGAUCAUGAACUUUUAUUUAUUUAUAACUAGGGUCGGACCCGCCCGUAAAUGAACGAAACAAUACAUAUAUAUUUUAAAUUUAAUAAAUUUUUAGUUUAUUUUUAUUGUAAUUUUCACUACUUUACUAUAAAUUUUAUUGUUUGUUCCUUUUUAGAAUAUAUAUAUAUA